GAAACAAUCUCUGUAUAUAUAUAUAUAUACAUGCUUCCAUAUUUUCUAUCUAUAUAUAUCCAAUUAAUUAAGUUGGAAAAGCAUAGAAUAGAAAAAUUAGAAAAGAAUAGAAUUGAAGAAGAUGCCUUGCCUUUACAUAACCACCAACCUUAACUUGGAUGGAAUUGACACUAAUCCCAUCUUUUCUGAAGCAACCACUGCUGUCUCCACAAUCAUCGGCAAACCUGAAAAGUUUGUGAUGGUAAUUUUGAAGUCAUCAGUGCCAAUAUCAUUUGAGGGAAACAAGAAAGCAGCUGCAUAUGCUGAGAUAGUAUCAAUGGGUGGCAUCAAUUCAGAAGUGAAGAGGAAGCUUAUUGCCACCAUUGGCACCAUUUUGGAGACCCACCUCUCUAUCCCAACAACAAGAUUUUUCCUCAAAGUCUUUGAUACAACUGCAUUUCGUACAAACUCCAAAAUCUAAUAAUAAUAAUAAUACUAAUCAUGCAUGCUUAGCUUUCUGUUUCAUCAUCAUAUAUAUAUUUAUUCUGAUUAUCUCACAUGCUAUAUAUGAGAUAUUAUUGAUGAGUCAUUGAGCUCUAAUAAUAAAUCAUUAUGGGCUACUUUAAUUUUAAUAAGUGUUUGUACUGCUGUAAAUUAACAGAAAUGUUAUUUAUCCUUUAAUUUUUAGUCUUUA